AAUCAUUUUCAUGGCGGAGAAGAACAUCUGCAAACCCAAACCCUAAAAAACUCGAAAAAUGGAGGAAUCGAACCAACAACACCAACUCUUGCUCCAAAUGCAGCAGCAACAACAGAUGCAGCAGCGUCAGCAACAGCUCUUCCUGAUGCAGCAUCAUCUCCAGAGGCAGCAGCAGCAACAGGCGGCCAUGUCGAGGUUCCCCAACGCUCCGGGUUUAAUCCAGAACCGACCCGUUAACCCGGCUUUUCACAACCCUAACGUUCAGCAGCAACAACAGCGACCGAUGAUGAUGAUGAUGCAACCCUCACAGCAACAACAGCAACAAGAGAAGAAGCAGAUGCGUCCGUUGAAUCAAAUGGAGUUACAGUUCGCUUACCAAGACGCGUGGCGUGUCUGCCAUCCUGAUUACAAGCGUCCUUUCGUUUCUCUCGAAGACGCUUGCGAAAGGUUGUUACCUUAUCACGUAGUAGCAGAUUACGAAGCGGAAGAAGACGAGAUGAUUCUUCAUUCAGACACAACGGUGUCACGCAGUCAGCAAUGGGACGACAACAUUGCAGCCAAAGUGGGCGAGUUCACGGAGACGUUUGAGAAGCAAGUCCAAGCUUUCAACGCUAUAACUCAAAAGAGGAAGGAGGGUGAGUUAAGAUCCGAGGAGAGGUUGAUUGUUGAGCAGCUUUUGCUCAUGGAGGAGAGGAAAGCAUGUAGUGAGGUGGAUAGAGAGAUGAAGGCUCAUGAGGCGAGGUUGAGGAUGGCGGCUAUGGCUCAAGCGGGACAAGGGAUGGGUUAUAAUCCGUUGAGAGGUAAUGCGUUUGGGAACUAUGGAGAACAGCAACAACAACAGGGACGGUACAUGGACCCUGAUGAGAUGAUGAUGAGGAUGCGUGGUUGGGUGAAUAGUAAUAAUAAUAAUAGUAUUAAUAGUCAGAGAGAAGAGAAGGAGCCUGAAGAAGACUUCUUGAAUGAUGAAGAAACUGGUCAACAUGGGAACUGGAGAGGGAAUGGUGAAUUUGAUUUGAAUACUCGGUAAAAAAAAUGGGAACAAAGAGGUUAAACUUUUUUUUUUGGGUGAUUGAGAUACUUUGCUGUUUGAUGAUUGUGUAGACUUGUAGUUAACACUUGAAAGGAUAGUGAGGGAUAAGGUGUUUCUUCUUCUCAAACUUUGGUUAAUAGUUUACAGUGAAAGAAAAUGACUCUGAUGAAGUAA